GGCUCUCAGUAUUUCUCUCAGUUCAGGGAUAUACUUUUACGGUACGGCCCAAUGGCUCGGUAAGGUGGGAGCAUCUGUGAGUCCUUCUGGCGUGCUGACCUGUCAGUCCGGGCCCGAGGCCGGAGAAUUGGCCAUUGGCCAUCAGCACGCAGCAAGCAAGAUGGGAGACACUAACGAAGAGGCUUUGGCAGAUUUGCAGGUGCUGUUAGAACAGAAUGUACAGGAAGGGGCUCAAGAAAAUGAAGCGGAGGAUAGUAGUAGUGGCGAAGACGAGAGUGACGAUGACUGCAGCGAUUUUCCCCUUGUGGGAGCCCCAGGUCAGUAUUUGUACGAAGAUCGCAUGAAGCUGACAGAACAAGAACGACGAUGGGCUCGGGCCGUCAAGCGGGCUGCGGCAGAAGAGGGAGAUCUGAAGCCACUCAGUGACUUAUGGUAUUGCCAAUUUGGAAUCAUUGACCGUGACAACGUGGAACGAUCCCUGGAUAGGAUACGGACCAUGCAGGCAUUUCGUGAGGAGUAUGACUUUGUGGAUUCCUGGGAAGCAGGAGUAGAGUUUGUUCGAGAGCUGGUCUCUGUCAUGCCUCGAUACUGGUUGGCUCUCAACUACAAUCCUCGUGAUGGUAAUUACGUCUUGGCACUGGAUGUAGCCCGCUUUUAUGCCAAGAUCCUUCAGGCACAACCGGAACUCGUACGCAUCUGGAUCGUUGCUACUCACUUUGUGACUCAUGCCCAGAGUCCUGAUUUCAAGGCCAUUCGAAAGGGUGGCAUACUGCUCAUGGAAAAUGAAGGCUUUGAUUUCAAAAGAAAUUUUGGAUUCAGCUACAUGAAGAAAGUUUACUCAGAAGUUACUGGAGUAUACCCCUUCAAAUUUGACCAAGUCAAGAAUUUCAACACAGGAGUCUUAUUCAAUAUCAUACUUUCCAUGCUACGGGGAAUCGCGUCCAAUGAACAUUCCCGAAAGCUCCAACGGGGAUGCCGCACCGCUGAUGGUGUGGAUCGACUGGAUGAAUUCUACUUGAGUUCGGGUCUACAAGUUGCCAAUGAUAAGCUGAUACAAUCCGUCAAGGCAUCAUUGCAAUGGAGAUUCUACUGCCAAUCCAAAUUCUCUCUUGAGGAGGCUAAUGACGGCAAUUAGAGUGAGAGAGAUGAGACAAUUGUCAGGCAUCUUUUUGCAAGACUGCAAGUCCCAACAUUUCAGUUGAAAAUCUCAAGAUGUUGUGGUCCUCCCUGCUCUUUGUUGUGCCCACAGUUGACAGAAACCAACCCACCAAUCAGCCAGCAGCCCCAUGCUACCAAUAACUCAAUGGUUACAAUCUCUGCCACUUGGUCAAGUCAGUGGCUUGGGGGCAGGAAUCGAAACAGCAAGAACUCGGCCGAUACCGAUCACAAGCAAAUAAUUUCCUAGAGAUCAUACAAAAGAAAAGAGAACUGCAAUCAUCACAAGGGCACAACUUUUUUUCUGGAGGGAGAAGAAGACAACGCUGGCAACAAUUCCUUGCUUCUCCUGGAAGGUUUUUGUUCUACAUGUACAGGCACUAUGGAUGCAGUCUUCCAACAAUUCCCCUAAACUGACGCAAUAAUCGGCGGAGAUCGU